GUUCAUUGAAUAGAAAGAAGAAAAAAAAAUACUUCGUCACCAAGAGCAACAAUGUUUUCAAAGUUGACGUUGUUAGGUUACAUAACCUAAGACACAAUUUGAUCGAAUGAAAAACGAGAUAAGCUGUGAUAUUAAUUAUCUGACAUAUAUAUAUUUCUUAAAGAUUUCUAAAACAUUCAUUAGUUGAUCACUUAUCAAUCAACUUGUUACAUCGAUUGUAUUCAAAAAUUCGAAUGAGUGAUAUAACAUUAUCAGAACCAUCAAAACGUCGUGGUGAAGAUUUCGGUGAAUCAUGUGAAGAAGAUUCAAUCGCUGGCUUAAGUCUACCAAAUGUUACGCAUAAUUUAAAUUUGGAUAAUCGUGAUUUAAGACGGAAGCUGGAUGAAGAAUUAUCCACUUAUAAACAAAGGCUAUCCGCAUAUCAAGAAGGACAACAGCGUCAAUCAAAUCUUGUUCAACGACUUCAAUCUAAGGUUUUACAAUACAAAGAAAAAUGUCGAACACUUGAACUCAAACUACAAAUAGCUGAAACUGAAAACCAAAACAGAAAGGCUGGUAUGGAUGAAAAUACAGCGGAAUAUGAAGCCACUCUUCUUAGACUUGAAGAAGAGCAGCAGAGAGCGUCAACUCUUGCUGGUGUAAAUACAAUGCUACGAGAACAAUUAGAUCAAGCUACCCAUACAAAUCAAACACUUUCAUCUGAUUUAUCACGAAUUAAAGAGGAAGCAAGUCGGCUACGUGAAGUUCUUGAACGUAGAGAAGCAGAAUGGAGAAAUGAAGAAGCUGCUUUCAAUGAUUACUUUACAAUGGAACAUGGAAGAUUACUUGCCCUAUGGAGAGCAGUUGUAGCAUGUCGUCGUCAGUUUGUUGAAGUUAGAGGUCAAGUAGAAAGAGAGAUUGGUGCUGCUCGAGUUGAAUUAUCUAGAGUAUCAAGAGUGUGUCAAACAGCCUGUGAAAACUUUGCAUCUAAUUUACGUACAAUGGAGACUAGAAAUCUAGUUACAUUAGAUCAAGAGAAGAAUGAUAAGAAGAAAUUAGAACAUGAAUUGGAAGAAUUAACACGAAAUUGUGAAAAUAUCCGUCAACAAGCUAAUGGGCAACUUGAAGAAGCAAAUAAGAAAAUAGCCAGCCUGAUGAGUCAAAUAGAAGAAAUGGGAAAACAACUUUCUGAUCGUGAUCAUACAAUUGAUUGUUUACAACGACUUCGUACUGGUCAAAGUCUUUGUGGGCGUAAAGAAGGUGGAGAUAUCACUGAUCCAUCAUCUCGUGCUUUAGUUGAAGAAACUCAAGCCUUAUAUCAAACACUUAGAGAACUUUCUCAAUCAAUACUCAACGAUGAUUUAUUACCACCUGAUGUUCAUGCUGGUGCUGAGAAUUGUUUCCAUCAGUCAAGAUCUCGUUCACCAUGUUAUGCUUCAAAUCCAAAACUACCAAUUCAUAACUUCCAAAAUUCAAGAGCAGGAGCAUAUGGGCGGACUGGAUCACCACCACCGCCAAUGAAUAGUACAAAUGCUUGUUAUUGGGCUGAUUCAACUCUGUCAGCUGUUCAAGCAGCCCUUCAUAAACGUGGACUACAGGUCUCCGAUCUAAAUGCAAAACUGAACAGUACAAAAGAUCAGUGUGAGUCAAUUAAACAUCAAUUAGAUGAUAGUGAAAAUGAAAGACGAAACUUGGAACGUCAGUUGAUUGACAUGCGAUCAGAAUUAGACAGUAUGAAAAGAGAAAAAGAAGAUAUGGGAAGAGAAAUAAAAAGAAUCACAGCAAAUGUUCAAUCUUUGAGUAAUGAAAAAACAGAUUUAGAAAGAUUACGUUCAAAUUUGUCUGAUGAAUUAAAAGGUCUACAAGGUGAACUAGAACGUGUACAAAAUGCUUAUGCUGAAUUACGUAAAAAUAGAGAUGCAUUAGAAGAAGAAUUAUCCUGUGCACAACGUGAUGCUGAUAGAUGCUUAAGAGAAUCAGAACGUUGUCAACGUUGUAUUGAUACGCUUGAAGAACGUUUAUCAGUUGAACGAGAGGAAGGAACAAAUUUGAGAAGCAAUCUACAAAAAGCUAAACUCGAUGCUGAAAUUAAAGCUAAAGAAUUGGCAGAUAUUCAAGAGGCUCUGUCAAGAGCAGAAACGCGUAAAGCCGAACAAGAAAGUGAAAUAGCCCGACUUCGAUCAGAUGAAGCAACGCUGGGUGAACAUUUAGCCAAAUGUCAGGGUAAAUUAGAAGAAGUCUCCAAUAAAAGAUCAAUUCUUCAAAGUCAAUUACGCAAUCAAGAAGCAGAAUACAAUCAGUUAGCAUCGGACUACAGAAAUCUUGAAGCUGAACGUUCAAGCUUGAAAGAUGCUCUUGUUCAAAUGGAAUCUAGGAAGAAUGAAGUUAUUUGUGAGAAAAAUAAUGUUUCACAGGCAUUGACUAUUUCUGAAGCUGCACGUGAAAGGCUGGAAGAAGAAAUAAGCAGUUUAAAUAGAGAAAAAUUAGAAAUCACAGAACAGUUGAAUGCUAUUACAAGACAUAAAAAUGGUCUUACCAAUGAAUUAAUUCAAAAGAAUAGAGAUGCUGAACGUCUUCGUGAUGUUAUUGCACGUUUAAAUAGAGAAAAAGAAGAUUUAACUAAAGAAAAAGGUGAACUAUCAGCCCAAGUUAGUUCACUUAGUCGAGAUUUACGACAAACAUGUGAUAUUUUGAAUGUAACUAAAAAAGAACAUGAAAAUUUAGAAGCUGAUUACUAUCAAGCAAAACAACAAAUUAUGCAAUUAGAAACUAAAAGAGAUUUACUAGACAAUGAAUUACAAGAACAGAAUUUAAAAAGAGAAAAUCUUAUGGUUGAAAUAAAACGUAUUCAAGAAGAUCUUCAACAAGAAAUUGAUCGUGGACUUCAAGCUCGUGAACAAGCUGCUCAAGUUUUACAAAAACGUGAAGAUGAAUUACAAGCAGCUAUGAAACUGGCAAAAGAUGCUGCUGAUGCAGAAAUAUCUAGAUUAAGAAAUCAAUUAGUAGAAUGUCGACAAACAGCUGAUAAAGAUAUUCGAGAGCUGACAUCAAGUCAUAAAGAAGCUAUUAAAGAACUACUAAAACAAAGUGAAAAAGAGAAACAAGAUUUUGAUAAUGAAAUUAUGAAACUUCAACGUGAAAGAGAUGAAGUAACUUUGGCCUAUGAAGCAGAAAAACAAAAUUUAUUAUCUUUCAAUGAACAAGAAAGAGUUUCAUUAAAUGAACGCUUGAAUACUGCUGUACAACAAAUUAAAACAUUAGAAUCUGAAAUGGAAAGAAAUAAACGUGAAGCAUCAGUACGACAUGAACGAGAUGAUAUUGCUAAAGCUGAUUUGACACGAGAACUUAAAGAAUUCCGUCAACACUAUGAAGAGACAUGUGCACUUCAUGAACAAACACUAAAAAAUGUUCAAGUCAAAUCAGCUCAAUUAACUGCAGAAAGAGAUGUGGCAAGAAAUGAAGUCAAUGAAUUAAAAAUGCAAAUCAAUCUUCUUGAAGAAGUAAGAGAUGGUUUACAGAAAAAUAUCAGUGAAGUAUCACGUCGAUUAAAAGAAACUGAUGAAGCUAGAGAAACACUACGUAAAGAAAUCAUUGAUUUACGUAGAACACUAGCUGAAACACAACGUGAUCGAGAUAAUAAAGAAGAAGCUAAAGAGAAUCUACUCAAAAGAGUUCAGUCGCUUGAAAGUGAACGUGUUGAACAGAAUAGAAUACUUAGUGAUCAACAACAACAAAUCUCUGAUUUUGAAGAACAAAAAUGUUCAGAUAGUAAAGAAAUUGGCGAAUUGCGAGCAAGUGUUCGUGAAAGUGAAAAAGCUCGUCUUGACGUUCGUCGUGAUCUUCAAGAGGUUAGACGUCAGCUUAAAGAUGUUCAGUCAGAUCGUGAAAGACAAGCUAAAGAACUUUUAGAAAUGCAAUCACGAAUAACACGUGAAGAAGAAAAGAAUGAAGAGUUGAGGCAAGAGAAUUCCAUAUUGAAACAACGCAAUGGUGAAAUUGAUGCCUGUCGUUCUAAACUACGCAAGGAAUUGGCUACUAGUGAAAGAAGAAUAUGUGAUCUACAAGAAUUAUUGUCUAGCAGAGAACGUGAAUAUAAACAAGCAGCAGAUCAUGCAAAUUGCGAAUAUCGUCGUUUAACUGAUACAAGAAAUCACCUAGAGGCAGCCGCUGAAACACUGAACAACGAUUUGGCAGAAGUUCGAUUGGCUUUAAGUGAUGCUGAAGGCCGGGUAGGAACUUUAGAAGCUCAAUUGUCAAGAAGUGAAUCUAUAAGAAGAGAUUUAGAAUUCAAAUUAGCAUGUAUACACAGUUCAUUGCGUAGACUUAUAGGUUUUAAUCAAGGUCGUCAUCGAUCAAAAACACCAUCAAGACUCAGAGAUUCAACAUCUAUUUCUCCAGUUCGUCGAUUGAGAAGUGGAGUAAGUCCUGACAAUAGUCGAGAUGCUUCUCCUGUGAAAGAUGCAGCAGGGGAUUCAAAAUCUUCAAAUGUGACAAGACCACUUCCUGGUGAUGGACCAGUCAAUGUAUCAGAUAUAGAUCCUGAAGCAGUCCGAUUAGCUUUACGUGAAUUUGUACAAAAAUAUUCUUCAGUUAAAAGAGAUUAUGAAGAUGCACAAGCACAAAUCACAUCACUUCAUUCUCGAUUAAAUGAACAGGCUGAACAAACUGAACAAUGGGCACGUCGACUUCAUCAACUUCAACAAGCUUUAUGUGAAGCUGAAGCAGAUAAAAAAGGAGUAGAUGGACGUUUAUCUAGCACUCAAACAGCACUUAUGCUACAAGAAGAAACAUUAAGACAAAAUGAACGUGACAGAAAAAUAAUGGCAGAUAAAAUAAGUCAAUUAGAAAGACAAAUAUCUUCUCUGGAAAAUGAAAGACGAGAGGAUCAGGAGAAAAUAAUGCAUUUACGUCAAGUCAGUGCACGUUUAGAAGAAGAAAGACGCUUAAGUCGAAGAGCUUUAGAUGAAGCUGAAAAUCGUAUUACACAACUUGAAGUGAAUCGACGAUCAUUAGAAGGUGAAUUACAGCGUUUAAAAAUGUGUGCUAAUGAUAAAGAAUCAGAGAAUCAGAUACUAGAAGAUCGAUGUCAAAAUCUAUGCAAACAAAUACAAGAUUUAGAAUCUAAAUCACAAUCGCUACAAUUAACUGUGGAUCGACUGAGUACAGCAUUGGCUAAAACAGAAGAAUUAGAAAGUGCUAGUAAAGACAAAAUGCAACAGUUGAAUUCAAGUCUUUCAGAUCAUAAUCAAACUAUAUUAGAACUACAAGAACGUCUGGUACAUUUACAAAAAGCUUUAACUAAUUCAGAAAAUGAUAGACGAUUACUACAGGAACGUUUGGACAAUACACGUAGUGUAUUACAUGAACAAAAACAUCAAAAUCAACAAUUAAAUGAGAGAAUGCAAUCAUUACAAGCUGAAUUAUCUGAUGCUGAACUUCGUCGUGGAGAACUUGAAGGACAAAUUCGUCAAACCAAUAAUAUGCUUGAUAAACGACAAGAAAAUGAACAUGAGUUAAGUAAACAACUUCAAACGCUUCUCAAAGAAAGACAAGAACUUUUAGAAAGAGUAUCAUGUUUACAGCGUAAUUUAACAGAAGUUGAAAAUAUGCGUGAUCAGCUAAUGAGAUCAAGUAAUCAUUUAGAGAAAGAUAGACAUAAUCUUCGACGUCAUUUGGAAAAAGCUGAAAGAGAAAAACAACAAAAUGAAGAAAUUGUCAAUAAGAGUAAUCUUGAUCGUACAGAAUUAGAGAUUACACUACGACGCCUAGAAGAAGAAAAUUCAGAUAGGCGAAAACAAAUUCAAUUUUUACAGUCAAAAUUAGUUGAAAUGGAGCAAGCACAUUCUAAGCAUUUAAAUGAAUUGGCCAGUCGACACCGUGCUGAAAGUGAACUUGAAAUGGAACGAUUACGUUGUAGUAAAGCUCAAGCUGAACGUGCACUUGAAGCACGUGAACGUGCUCAUAAACAACGUGUUAGAGCCUUAGAAGAACAAUUAGCUUCAUUAAAAGAUCAAUUAAUAUUAGAAGCAAAUAGACCUCACCAAAUGACAGGCACUGGAAAUAAACUACAAACAACCCUGCCAACAAAUAUAACAUCAUCAACAACUGCUCGACGUUCACUAGAACGUAAUAAACCUAUUGGACAAAAUGAUUUAACACUGAAAUCAUCAUUAUCCAGCAGUGAUGUACGUCGAAUGAUAGACAAUGCGAAUACAGAAAAUCGUAUACCAGCAUCAAGAUAUGCAUCAGGUAAUCGACCAACUAGACUACCAAGAAGAUGAUGACGAUGAUGAUGUUGAUAGUUAAAUGACAUGACAAAAAACUGGGAAAUUUAUAAGACGCUUUAUUUAGGUCAACAAUUAUUCUUCAGGGGUUUAUAUAUAUAUAUAUAUAUAUAUAUAUAUGAUAUACAAACUGACUGCAUCAAUUAACUAGUUGACUAUUCUAAUUUUAUUCCUUAUAUAUACAUAUGUGUAAACUCUUUUUUUGAAUAUAUAUCGUAUAUACACGUAUACACGUAUAUGUGCUAUGCUUGUCCAUUUCGCCUACUGUUCAGUAUCUCUUUCAUUCGUCUAAGCUCUUUCUAUAAUAUAUCUGAUCUCAAAAAGUAAAGGCAAGUAUGUCUUUCUAAAGAGAGGAAUUAAAAAUUAAACUUUAA